AUGAAAUCUCCCUUCGUGGGUCCCCAUAGGCGUUUUGAUCAUCUGGAAGAUCACAAUGCCCGUAUCCGAAUAUUUGAAUGCAACCUUUUAACAAUUCAUCGUUCAUUCCUUUCUUAUUUAGCCGCUGACUUAUCUAGCUGGUGGAUCCCAUCUGCUGAAGAAAUGCGGGCCCUUUCCCGUCAAGCUCAACGCGUUGCGGCCCUACAGAUCCCCUUCGAGCCUCUACUUAUCAGUCAAGAUUUAGGUUCUCUUAUCUGGAACCCAGCUCCAGAAGCUAACUAUUGUUCUUCCUUUCAACGUCAGUUGUCUCUGCUGCGCUGGGAAUUAUCAGCUUUAGAGAAGCCCAAAAACGACUAUGUAUACGAAAAAUACCACGCACAGCUUUCUGGCCGCCCUCAGGAUCAUAUAUGUCUCUAUCGUUUAGAUGACCAUAUACAGCUCCAUCCUGGCCCUGUAAUCUCUUCUGCUGGUCUUAUUGGUCGAUUCAGCGUGACUUCAUUCCGACCACUUGGUUUGCUGAAUCUAGCGUCACUAGAUCCAAUCGAGGUAGCUGAUUCCGGAGAUGGACUAGUUCAUAGCGUUUAUCGAGUGACAGGAGUUGCCAUUCCCACAGCCUUUACCAUACACUUCACGACCUUCGAGGUGCUAAGAAGCCGCGCCAAGCAGCAUAAUGCCAGUAUUCCUGAUGCACCAACUUAUUUAUUGCCACUCACCUGA